AUGAGGUUUCUGAUUGUUCUGUUUUUUAUUGUACUAGUUGUGGUGGCUCAAAGCCCUAAGUAAGUCAAGAUUUCAAUUACCUUGACAAAAGUUUGAAUUAUAUAAUACAUUUGAAUUUAGAGGAUAAUUAAAAUGUCACAGUAAUUUUCAGCUUUAUAUUACUUUAUGUUUAGCUUUUAAGUGUUUAAUCAUACUGUAGCGGGCAUUUUAGUCCCUCCUGCUACCCCGUUCUUUUCUAAAGCAGCCUCAAAUAGUACAGAGCCGAACUUCUCAUAUUAUACUUUAUUGAGGAGACCAGUAGGGAGAGCGUCCUGCUCCCUACGCCUACAAUAAAUGCAACUGACUUCAUACGGCGAUCUCGGGUCAUUCGUAUGUUUCGAGCAAGCUAAUUUAUUGCUUGCCCGAUCUCAGAAAAGACUCGAGAUCGGCCCGUAACAAUACUUAUGUGUAUGCAAAAUUUAUAUACUUUUUUUAUACAUACAUACUUGCAAGUACAAAUAAUAUAGUACAAUUACAGGAAAGAAUGUACUGACGGUAUGGAAAAAGCUGCCACAGCUCUCGCAUUAGUUGUUAAAAAGGACAAAAUGCGACACCAAAUUGUAGAUAAGGUUUGGGAAUUAGUAAAAAACGAAGUAAGUACAUGUAUUGUACUAUUAUACACAUGUAUAUGUUAAACUAGUGAAUGGUAAAAUAACAGCUUUACUUUUAUAGAAAGUAUUUUUUUAAAUACAGUAUUAUUUUACAUUUCCAGUGUGAAGCAAAGCACGUUUGUGACCAACCAUGUUCCCAAGGCAUCUUCGCAUGUCUGGACAAGCAAUAUGAUUCUACUGAAGUAGUUGUGUCGCCCGAAAACUGUUGUGGAGGUUGUCCAGGACAAAAAUAA